AUGGCGUUCUGGAAUACGGUCUUGAACUCAUCGGAUGAUAUACUACCAUAUGGAAGACGGCUCAUCCCCACUAUCGUCGACCACAACGCCAAAACUCAACCGGACCGUGCUUGUUUCUCAAUCCCGCGCUCCGAGGUUUUACAGGAUGGGUUUCGCGAUAUCAGCUGGCGCACAUACGCGAACGCGAUCAACAAAACUGCCCACUUCAUCCAAGGAAAGAUUGGUCGGAGUUCCUCUUUCGAGACGGUCAUGUAUCUCGGCUUUCCGGAUCUGCGGGCAUUUCUCGUUUUGGUAGCAUUAAUUAAAACUGGUCAUAAGGCACUUUUCAGCUCCUAUCACAACAGUUUAGCUGCCCAUACGGAAUUGAUAAAAAAGACAACCUGCGCGAUCCUCUUACACACAGCAGGAUUUCCCGUCUCCAGCAUCCUAGAGAAGAACCGCUUAGAGAGUGUUUGCUUACCUGAAUUGGAGGACCUUUUGAGUAGUGUGCCGAAUAAGCCGUAUCCUUAUAACAAGACGUUCGACGAGGCGAAACACGAUCCCUGCUACGUCGUCCAUACAUCUGGGUCCACUGGCAUGCCAAAGCCGGUUGUAUGGACCCAUUGGAUGAUUAGCACAGCGGACAAUCAUCAUGCGGUCCCUGAUCUUGAUGGCCGUCCCGCGUUAUGGGCUUCAGUUCUUGACACUAGGAAGCGGAAUUAUUGCGGCUGGCCGCUGUUCAACGGUUCAGGACUUGGUGUAGGCCUUAUGGAGCCCUGUUUCAACAAUACCACGGCCGUUAUGGGGCCGGCACAACCAGUGACAGCAGAUGUCUUCAACGACAUGCUCGAGUACGCUGACAUCGACGCUGCGAGCUGCUUGCCAUCUACCCUGGAGGAAACCGCGAGAAGGCCGGGUGUUCUAGCGAAGCUAAACAAGUUGAAAAUGAUUGUCUACGUCGGAGGAUCACUUUCACCGGAUGCUGGAGACGCAGUUUCACGGUACACAAACCUGCACACUCUUAUGGGAAGUACGGAGACGAAUGCUGUAGUACAGCACUCUACAGACCGGGAAGACUGGGCUUACAUCUGCAUCAAUUCCACUUAUAACGGAAUUGAGAUGCGCCCGGUAGCAGAUCUUUUCGAGCUUGUAUAUGUCAGAAACGUUGCCUACGCCGACUUUCAGGGCGUGUUCAAAGCCUACCCGCAUUUGCACGAGUUUUCGAUGCAGGAUCUCUACUCCCGGCAUCCAACCAAGCCUCACCACUGGAGGCACGAAGGUCGCAAGGACGAUAUUAUUGUCUUUCGAAAUGGAUCGAAGUCCAAUCCUAUGGUUCACGAACGCAUGAUCGCAUCGCAUCCGGCAGUGCAACACGCCCUUGUAGUGGGGACUGGUAGAGACAAACUAGCAGUCAUCAUCGAACUCCGCCCAGAAGUUUAUACCGGGGAUGUUCAAAAACAAAGAAACCUUCUCAAAACUAUUUGGCCCAUAAUCAUCCAAGCCAACAACGUUGUUGAGACAUAUAGCCAACUCGAAGCUCGUUACGUCAUGUUUGCAAAGCCAGACAAGCCUUUUGCGGUCGGUCUGAAGGGUGUCGUGCGAAGGAAAGCGACUGUCGAUCUUUAUGCAGAGGAAAUCGAAGAACUAUAUGCAUCGAUUGCAAGUGGAGGUUUGAAGGCGUUGUUCCGUACUGAGGGGCGUUAG